AUGGUAACUCUUGGAUUCAGAAUUGCUAGCUGGUAUCUGAUAUGUACUUUUUCUGGGAGUUUCCAGGGCACUGCAGAUGAUGUAGUUGAUUGCUCCCAUGGCAAACAACUUUUUGAGCUAUCUAAGCAGAAAUAUGAGCCUUUGUGGGUCAAAACUGGUAACCAUUGUGAUUUGGAGCUCUUCCCGGAGUACAUAAUACAUCUGAAGAAAUUCAUAUCAGCUAUUGAGAAAUCAACUAGUUUUAGAAAUGUAUCUGCACUUUGCAUGAACCAAAUAGAUAAACCUCGAAGCAGUACAGAUUGUAGACCCCGGCCAAGCACAGAUCAGAGGGAGAAAUCUAGGCUAAGCACAGAGAAGAGAGAGCCCAGAACAAGCACAGAUCAAAGAGAUAAAUUUAGAGCUAGCAUAGACCGCAAGGAAAAGUCGAGCAAGAGUGUGGAUCUCUCAGAUAAGGCAAAUGAUAAUACAGAACCAUCAGAGAAAGCUAGAAAAAGCAUUGAUCGCUUUGGCAAUAUGAUGAGAUCUGCCGUAUUGUGCAAUAUUGAUUGCUUCAAGCCCGUGGGAGCAAAUGUCUGAAUGUCUGAUGAAGAUAGCAGUUUCCAAGAAUGUAGUUGCUCCCGAGCUCAACUGAACAUUCCAAUGCAAACACUGUUUGUAGAUACCACGGCGAACCAAAAUGGGCUUAGCAUGAUAGUUAUCACACGGGUUCCUACAAUUUGGAUGAAUUUUAUUAGGUUAAUAACCAGGAAAAAGUGUGGUGGGGUUUCUCCCGUUGGGUUACGUGAUUAUAUGACCCAUUACAAAAUGUUCCUUUUUAGUUUUAUGACCCAUUUCACAGGAGAUCUAUUAAUUAUGUUGAAGACAUAGGAAAUACAGUGCUAUAAAGUACAAUAGGUCUUUCUCUUUAAUUCAAAUUGUAACUGGUUAUUUAUAUCAUUUCCUCUCCCGUGCCUGUACCAAAUGGGAAAUGUUAUGCUUCAACACCCUGAAGAUAUGUUGCAUGAACUACCGAAGCGAACCGAAUCUUUUGUUGUGGAUUCAUGAGGCAUCUCUAAUCCUGAUGGAUCACCCCAGGUUUGAGCUUGGUUUUGGAGUAUUCAUAGUUGUGUCAUCUUCCCUCCUUCGACACUCUUUUAUCAUAUAAACACUUGGGCUGACUAGUUUAAAAAAUAUGUACAAAGUGUGUGUUGUUUGCAAGGGUAAUAAAUAAGAUAUCAUGAGUAACUUU